AUGCCAGCUGAAAUCAUCGACGUUCACUCUCUCAGCGCCGAGGGUUUUCCCAUUGCAGACAUCCCGACGCAAAUCAUGAACGGUCUUUCUCGGCCUUUUGGACACAAACAACUCCCCACUAUGCUCCUCUACGAUGAACAGGGGCUCCAGCUGUACGACGACAUUACCACUGCUGCUCCAGAGUACUACCUCUUUGCAGCAGAGGAGGAAAUCCUUAAAAACAAUGCCCACCAUAUCGUUCAAGCCAUGCAUAGAGGAGCUCAGAUUUCCCCAGACGAAGUCAUUGUUGAGCUUGGCGCGGGAUCUUUGCGAAAAACAUCGCAUAUACUACUAGGACUUUCUCAUUUUGUCGGCAAAGAGGCGCCUUCAUCGGCCAUUACUUACUAUGCUCUUGACCUCGACAAGCACGAGUUGGAACGGACCCUUGGAGACAUUUCAAGAUCCGAAGUCGGCAAAAAGCUGGUCGGCAAAGUCAAGACGAAAGGAAUGUGGGGCACGUACGAGGAUGGUCUUAGAUUUAUAGAACAUGGCGGUCUAUUUGCUCGCCGCCUCCCAUCGGUGGAUUACCAAUUUUCUUCUCGAGAACGCUCUCCAAUUUCACCCAUUUCAAGUGCUUCGUCCACCAGUAAUGCCUCCUUGACCUCCAUGUCAGAGUCAGGCUCGUCUAUGCCCUCAACCCCUGAAGGCUCAAAGCCGCCCCUUCAUGUUGUAUUUUUGGGUUCGUCAUUGGGCAAUUUUUCGAGGACAGACGCCGUGUCUUUUCUUUUAUCGCUGCCGUUACGCGCUGGUAGCGGAGACACUCUUCUUAUUGGCCUGGACCAUGACAAUGAUGCUGCGCUCAUCGAAGAAGCAUAUAACGACAGCCAGGGCUAUACCAGACGUUUCAUCUUUAAUGGCUUGAGGGCAGCUGGUCGGAACUUAGGCGACGAGAAUCUGUUCGAUGAAAGCAAAUGGGAAUAUGUCAACACCUACAAUUCGGAUGAACGCUGCCACGAGGCCUUUUUUAGGUCCAAAUGCCCCCAAAUUAUUCGAGAACCUAGAACCGGCAAAGUCAUUCGAUUUUCAAAAGGCGAAUUGCUGAAAAUUGAGGAAUCAAUCAAGUUUUCCGAUGUGGACGCAUAUUCCUUGUUUACCGCCAGCAACCUGAGGCCAGUUCAGCGCUGGACUGACAAGAAAUCACAGUACUCGUUAUGGCUAUUAGAAAGGCCUCCUUUCAGCUUUCCAUUACUCGUUUCCCCAUCCCACCCUUCGACAAAAGGUACUAGGCUUUCUUAUUCUCCCUUUGGAGUACCAUCUCGAGAAGAAUGGAACGAACUUUGGUCCUGCUGGGAUUUUAUUACAAGGCAGAUGAUACCCUCGAGUAUGUUAUAUCAGAAGCCAAUCGACCUACGACAUAUUUGCUUGUUUUACUUGGGCCAUAUUCCUACAUUUUUGGACAUUCACCUCUCAAAGUUACUUCAACAGCCCCAUACUGAACCAGAAUCGUUUAAGCGUGGGAUUGACCCAGACGUAGAUGAUCCUACCGAAUGCCAUCCUCAUUCUGAAGUACCGAUCAAAGAUGAAGACUGGCCAAGUCCCAUUAAUAUUGUGAAGUUCCAGGCAUCGGUUCGAGCAAGAUUAAUGCGUCUGUAUGAUGACAUUGAUUCUGGGCGAAUCACCUUGACUCGCAAGAUAGGACGCGUUUUGUUCAUGACCCUUGAACAUGAAGCCAUGCACGCAGAAACCUUGCUGUACAUGCUAAUUCAACGAGCGGGGAGCGGAACAAUACCUCCUCCUGGUUUCGUUGCUCCUCCCUGGGAAUCACUGGCUGUCACCUGGCAAGAAAUUCCAGCACCAGCGUCGAGUACUGUUACUUUAGGGCCUGCAACUGUGAGCCUUGGGCAUAUGGAUUUCGAAUCAGAUGAUGAGACAAAUUCCGACGUCGAAACCCACGAAUUUGGAUGGGAUAACGAAACCCCGAGGCGAGACGUCUAUGUAAAUCAAUUCAGAAUUGAAUGGAGGCCCGUCACAAAUGGAGAAUUCCACCAAUUUUUUUUCGGAGAAGGGAAAGGGAAAGUAGAGUUCCCAGCGAGUUGGGUUGAAGACGACGAAGGAAUCAAAGUCCGGACGUUGUAUGGGCCUAUUUCCAUUGAUAUUGCUCGUAACUGGCCUAUUGUAACCUCUUACAAUAACCUUUCAACCUAUGCCAUGGUUAAAGGGGGGCGCCUUCCUACAGAAUCGGAGCUUGCUCUAUUUUACGACAAAUAUGAAGCGGGAUAUGAAGGUGGUGCUAAUGUUGGUUUUCGGAAUUGGCACCCUGUCCCUGCAACAACCGGCGGAGAGCGAGCUGGUGGAAAAGGUAUCAAUGGUGGAGUCUGGGAAUGGACCUCCACUGUUUUUGAUGCUGUUGACGGUUUUGAACCCUCGAAAUUAUACCCUGGGUAUUCUAUGGACUUCUUUGAUGGAAAACAUCAAGUUGUACUUGGAGGUUCAUACGCUACUAUUCCACGGAUUGCCGGUAGGCGUAGUUUCAGGAAUUGGUAUCAACGAAACUACCCUUACACCUGGGCUGGUGCUCGCGUCGUCUAUGACGUUUCCGUUUGA